AUCUUGUCCUAUUUUAAAACAAUUCAGAAUGAGUUCGGGACAAUUUUAGCUACUCAUCUUACCUACUCCUUCGUUUCCAUCUCUCCUCAUCUUACCUACUCAUUCUUCUUCCACAGAUCCCAGAGGCGAACAUAUUUUUCUUCCACAGAUCCGAGCAGCGGCUCCUCUCUUACUCUUUUUUUACACUAAUUCUAUCGCCUUUACCAUUUGGACUUUGAAAAUUUCAAUUGCCGUCUUCAUUUGCUUUGCACGGAGUAAUGAUUAAGGAUACAUCAUGGCAACGGAGGAGACGAGCUUGCCUGUGCAGGGAUAAGCUUCAUUUCAUUGAUGCGGCGUCAAUCCUUCGCUCUCUGCGAGAAAUCAACCAAACCCUAGCGCAACCGCUUCAAAGUCAGAGAGAACAGAGGAGAGAGAUCUUGUGGAGUUCUGUCCAUGGAGAAAACCUGAAAAUCGUAUUUAACACACCUUAAUCCAAUUUCUCUCAUUGUUGACCUGUGGAUGAAGGAGACAUCAGGUAUGAGUCAUUGUCCAAACACCCUUAUGGGACACACGCAGACGUUAUUUAUUGAAUUUGCUGCCUGUUAUUUGUUGCCAAAUGCCCCCACAUAGAAUGAGAGAAAUUCUACAGCUUUUUGUUGGGACUCUUGUAUACAUUUUGGUACACAUCAAGCAUCGAGGGAUGAAUAAAUUAUAUAGGUGUAGGAGAUUGAAGACAGUUAUUAAAAGAACACAGGUGCAAAUUAUGUGUUCUGUUCAAGCCUUCAAGUAAUUGUUGCAAAGACGAUAAAAAAUUUAAGAGAUAUGUUUGAUGCUAUUAAUUCCUAAAUAAUAGGAAUGGCUUUUUUUGUCAAAAAAAAAUAAGAAUGGUUAAGAAGUAUGGUUAUUUAAAAAAAUAAUAAAGGUUAAUAAGUAAAAGAAAUCCUAAUGCAAUGAUAGAAGAAUGUAAAUGGAGCAUUUAUUAGCUAGAAGGGUAGAUCUGGAAACACAUACAAAAGAUAACAAGUUUGUCAUACAAAGAGAAUAAAUUUGGGAAAGUUAAUACUUCCAGCCAUUUUUACUUACAACAACCAGGUCACUUGAAUCUAACUCACUUAGCUUGAUCAUCUGAACCUUCAUCUCCAAUUCUUCUUCCAACUUUUGAAUGGUUCUUUUCUCCUCAUGCACUUCCUCUUCAAGCUCUCUCACCUUCUACUCUAGAAUGACACAAAACCUUAGUACACCAUCGUAAUUGUCCAAUAUAUCAUUGUCCUCAACCUGUGAAUUGAAGAUUGACCUUGUGUUUAGAAUUUUAAAUUUAAGGAAGGAAAGAGUUAAAGGGGUGGGUGGACCUACAACGUAAAGGUCGCGGGUGAUGAAAAGCUCCUCACGAGCCAAUUUCCAGCUCUUCGGUUCGGAGGGCUCUUCAAACUCCGACGUAAACGACCUACAGUGUAAACAACCGUUUGAAGAGCCCUCCGAGCCGGAGAUCCAGAAGUUGGUCCGUGAGGAGCUAUUUAUCACCGGCGACCUUUACGCCGGAGGACCACUCACCCCUUUAACUCUUUCCUUCUCCGAAUUUAAUAUUCUAAACACACGGUCAAUCUUCAGUUUGCAGGUUGAAGACAAUGUUAUCAUGGCCAAUUACGACUGUGGCUUUGUGUUGUUCUGAGUAGAAGGUGAAGAAGCUUGAAGAGGAAGUGCAAGAGGAGGAGAGGACCAUUCAAAAGUUGGAAAAAGAAUUGGAGAUGAAGGUUUGAGCUUAUCAAGUGAGUUAGGUUCAAGUGACCCGGUUAUUGUAAGUAAAAAUGGCUAGAAGUAUUAGCUUUCCCAAACUCGUUCUCUUUUGUAGUAGUUUCCCGAUCUACCUUUCUACAAUUCUACCUAAUAAAUGCUCCAUUUAUGCAACUCUAUAUGUUUGUAUAUAUAAAUUGAUUUUGAAAUGUUUUCUUCUACCCGCUUGGUCGGCUAAUAACCAGUUUUAAAAUAAGCAAACAACAGCAUGUUGCAAAGAAGCAAGGCGCACAAAAGCAAUGGGUUCAGAAGUAAGGCACGAGAUGGUAAUGCAAGGAACAAGGUUGAUGUGCUUAUAAAUGGAUGGUUUUAUUUUUUUGUUGUCUAUUAAAUACUGUGAAACUUUGAGAGGUAAUCUCCAAAUGGGGUGAACAAAUGAUACGUAUCACUAUCAUCAACAUGUGUUUGAUACUUUGAUGUGUGCAAGAUCAUUAGAUAGUAGGAGUAGAAGUGAAUGAUUAAAAAUACCUAUUCAGAGGCUCUCUUAGAAACAUGUGGAUGCUUUAUUUGCUAUUGAUGAGGUGUCUUGUGCUAACAAGUGGGGCCAUGACUUCAAACAAUAUUACAGAAAUAAAUUUGAUGUGGAUGAGGAACUCAUGGAGCCCGACUUUUUUAUUGCAAUGGUGUUGGUAAUGGAGAUUUCAUUUACUUUCUUUGCACGGAAGGACCAAACGAAUCACUAAAUACUCACUGCCUACAAUGAUGGGUCUACAAUUGUUGCGGAAGAACCAAACAAAUCACCAACGGUACCCAAAUCCAGUUGUUGGUUUGCAGAGCUUUGAUCAUGCUUUUCCAGUGUGCUAUGAUGAAAUAGAUCAUAUAAUGGAACUACCCCCCUGCACAAUGGUUGCUCAGAGGUGAAGAAAUCCUAUGUAUUCUUUGGCCUAUUUCUCGGUAUGACGUCACUUGAAUAGACUGCACCAAAUUAAAUGUUCACGUGAUUGACGAGCAACCGCAUGCUGUAAUUGUUUCCAAGCAUGUGCACAAUGUAAAGGGUCAACACUUUGCGGGGUUAAAUG